UGUUCUAUAUAUAGCGAGCGAUUAAAUCACUAAAACCAAUUCAUUUCUCAUCACGCAUUUUGUAUUUCAUCUGUUUCAAUCUAUCUCGUUAAAUAACUUUCCAAGCUGAUCAAGAUGAGUUCGCUUCCGACGGCGGUACAGGAGCAGUGCAUCGCGAGAGUUCCCAGGCGUUAUCAUCCAGCACUCAAGGGAGUUUUUGUAAGGAGUUCGAGGAGUUAUUUUCUACUAAAAGAAUUUAUGAGGUCCGAUCGGAGUUAAAGGUCAAGGAAGACGUGCUCCUUGUCGGCUUAGUUAACGAUGAUGUACCCAGAAUGGAGCUCGAAUGGUUUACGUUGGAGACGAAAGUACAUGACUCUGAGGAUAUGUGUGAACUCCGACCGGCGAUCCCAGCUCUUUCUGAAAACUUCACCUUUUCAGGUUAUGGACCGACAUAUGUGAGUGACGGCUCCAGUAUCUAUGCGAUCUGUGGUGGACCCAAGAGGGAUGAUGAACUACCCACGACAGUCUAUGCGGUUGAUUAUCUUGAGUCUGUGUGCAAGUCACUCCAGUUAAUGGUUAUGGGUGCCCCACGACCAGCUUCGGCCGUGGGUAUUAUACAAGGUAAAAUUUAUGUCUUGUGUGUUUGUGGUGGUUCGUGCGUUGUCCAAGAAUACAACAUCGAGGGCUCGGAUUCAGAUCCACCACGCUGGGAGUCUUUCAAUAUUGCUUUCGACGAGAAUCUAGAAGACAUAUGCGCCAGUUUUGUUAUGCUCAACAAUAUAUUCAUCAAGGUCGGGUGGUUCUCGUGCGUCUACAACCCCAUUGAUAGAACCUUAGAAAGGUACAACCCCAUUGAUGAUCACUGGUUUGAAUCCAGCUUUAAACCCAGCUACUGUGCGAUAGGAAAGUGCCUCUCUAUGUAUUGGGUCGAGAAGUGGACACCAUACAUGUAUUUGAUUCUAUUUCCGAAAACUGGAGCCUCCUCAAGGGAGUGGCCGGAAAGAUUGACCCUUGUGACUUCCUCAGAAAAAAGCUAGUUGCUCUUGGCACGAGACUUGCGAUUGUUUGCAGUCAUGAGGUUGAGUGGGAAAUCAGUGUUUCCAUUUUUGAUGUCGAGAGGAUUGACAACGAGUGCUGGGGACAUCAGAUUUCGAGGAAAGUAGUUCUGAAGCCAAAGAGUUUCUACGACAUCAAGGAGUGUCUGUCCUUCUCCAUUUAAUCAUACAAUAUUUAUAAGGGAUGCAUGUCUUACAGUAUUAAUUAUAACAAAAUAAGUACAUACGUACGAUACUUAAUAUUUUAAAUAUAUGUGUGUUCGCAAAACAUGGAUAAAUUAUAAUAAGACAG